CAGAGAGCUGCAGCCGUCCACCCGCUGUUGACGUGACAAAAUAGCGUCAGUCCACGUUAAAAGGUGACAGCUCAUAGACGUAAGCUGCAACACGGUUUGAGGACUACACGGAUUGAUCAUGUCAUUUCUUUAGUGGUUUAUUGUCAAGACCACGGCCAAAGUAAAUUCUGUUUGACGGAUUUAUUUUUACCUGAGGGAAGGCGAUAACAACCUUCAAAUCUUCUGUCAGGUUUAGGUUGCACACUUGUUAACAACUGCAAACUAGCCUUACAUUUUACAGGCAUGUAAAGGACAAUUAUUUAUAAACCAAGUAGUAGCCACAUGUAUUGCAUAUAUUUUUUCCCUCGUUAUGUAUUUUGACUGCUGUUUUUUUCUGACUUGAUCACUUUAAUUGCAGCCUAUGAUGGGAGCUUUUCCAGUUUAUGCUUUUGAAUAGCCUUUAUUUGAAUUUCCAUCAUCCGCUGAUUGUGACCCACGAACCACCUGUUGGAUUUCGUGGCAAACAUCGUAAAAGAUAUGUCACAGGCAGAGGUCGACGUGCCGGGACUGGGUUUCUCCAAAUUACCUGCCGGAUUCGACGCUGCCUGCUUCCCUGCCCGAAUACCACCAAGGCGAAGGAGACACUCCGCGAACUCCAGGAGAAACUCGUACAAGUUGAGCAAAAUAAAUACACUGGAUUUUGAGACUACAUUUUACGACGAUGCGCCUCUUUCCAGAAGUCACUCGUGGUCUGCUGAUAAUAUUUUAGCAGAAACCGCAGUAGAGGAGAAAAAAGUCGAGUCUUCACCAGACUCACCUGUAUCGAGCCCUGGAACGAGCACAAGCUCACCGCCUGGUACCCAAGCAUCUGAUCCCAUACCACCACUUGAUACCUGGGACGUUCCGCAGCCCAGCUCAGCCACAAGUUCAGAUUCUGAGGAUAAUAUCACUCACAAAAAGGUCAUUUUAUCUCGAGCUCCAUUUGAAAGCAAAUGUGAGCAAGAGGAAAGGGAUGAAAUUGAGACUAAAGCCGUGGCGACCUCCCCUGAUGGAAGGUUCCUCAAAUUUAACAUAGAAAUUGGGAGAGGGUCCUUCAAGACGGUGUACAAAGGUCUGGAUACAGAGACAACAGUUGAAGUGGCAUGGUGUGAAUUACAGACACGGAGACUGACGAAGGUGGAGCGCCAGCGUUUCAGUGAAGAGGUGGAGAUGCUGAAAGGGCUGCAGCACCCCAACAUCGUCCGCUUCUACGACUCCUGGAAGGACAACUGCAGGGGUCACAAAUGCAUCCUCCUGGUCACCGAGCUCAUGACAUCAGGCACGCUUAAGACGUAUCUGAAGAGGUUUAAGGAGAUGAAGCUGAAAUUGCUGCAGCGCUGGAGCCACCAGAUCCUGAAGGGUCUCCAUUUUCUCCACACGCGCUCCCCGCCCAUCAUACACAGGGACCUCAAAUGUGACAACAUCUUCAUCACUGGCCCUACAGGCUCUGUGAAGAUUGGCGAUCUGGGCCUGGCCACACUGAAGAGUGCCUCGUUUGCGAAGAGUGUCAUUGGGACUCCUGAGUUCAUGGCUCCAGAGAUGUAUGAGGAGAAGUAUGAUGAGGCGGUGGACGUCUAUGCCUUUGGGAUGUGCAUCCUGGAGAUGACCACGUCAGAGUACCCGUAUUCUGAGUGCCAGAACGCUGCCCAAAUCUACCGUAAAGUCACCAGCGGAAUUAAGCCAGACAGCUUCUUCAAAGUUAAAGUCCCAGAGUUGAAAGAGAUCAUCGAGGGUUGCAUCCGUAUCAAUACCAACCAGAGGUAUACCAUCCAAGAUCUCCUGGAACACACCUUCUUUCAGGAGAACAACGGCGUCCAUGUUGAGCUGGCGGAGGAGGACAACACAGAGAAGUCUGGCCUGAAGCUGUGGCUGCGUAUGGACGACACGAAGAAGCUGCACGGGAAGUACAAGGACAACAACGCCAUCGAGUUCCUGUUCGAACUCUACAAGGACGUGCCAGAAGAGGUGGCCCAGGAGAUGGUGGUGCUCGGCUUCGUCUGUGAGGCGGACUACAAGCUGGUGGCCAAAGCCAUCCGGGGUCGCGUUACGGCCAUCAAACGCCAGCGGGCGGAGCAAUGCCAGCGGGCGGAGAAGACCCUGCACCGACAACAGGCAACUGUUAUCGAGGAAGAACCAGAGCAGGCCCGUGAGCCGGAACCGCCAGCCCCCAAACACCAGACAGCCCCUUCCAUCGCACCGCCUGACCCUGCUCCGGUUUUGGUGCCACCUGACCGCACUCUACCCGCUGUGUUGGUGACUACGCCUGGGCCGGCGAUGUCCCUGGCCAACAGCUCCAUGGAUUCUGGGAUAAACGCCAGCUUUACGGCGGACACGGAGGAGCAGGAGGCAGACCAGCGGCUGGAAUAUAACCUCAGACACUCCAGCUACUCCUCUGUCACAUCUGACUGCGAGACGGACGGCUACCUGAGCUCAUCAGGCUUCCAGGAUCCAGGGGAAGGACCACCCCCUUUCCCACCUCCUGUUACGUUGCCCCCGGACGUCCCUCGAAUUGAAACCCUGGCCGUAGUGGAUCCUCCCCCUGAGGCUCCACCAAUCCCAGCUCUCCGCUACCCCUCGAGUAUCGCCGUAUCCAACGCCACCGUGCCCCAGUCGGGAAUCGCCAGUGGCUUCUCCUCUCCUGUCGACAGCUAUGCCUCGGAUGUGACAUCUGGCUUGAGUGAUGGGAAUGAGGGCCUAUCAGAAAACAGCGCCAACAAACGCACCUGUACCAAACUCAUCAGAAGGAGAGCACGCUCACGACUGCGAAUCACUGGGUUGUCUGAUAAAGUGGACCGUGUGGUGGAGUGUCAACUUCAGACUCACAACAGUAAGAUGGUGACCUUUAAGUUUGACCUGGAUGGAGACAACCCAGAGGACAUAGCUGCCGUCAUGGUCCACAAUGAGUUCAUACUUCCCUCUGAGCAGGAGGGCUUCAUCUACCGCAUGCGUGAAAUUAUCAAGCGGGCUGAGGCCCUGAUGAGGAAGGGCGAGCCCCUCGGCCCUGGGGAUGCUGCCCACGAGCUGUGCCCCUAUCCUGCCUCAUCCACGUCCAAGUCCAACUUACACCCACAUGUACUGGCACGGACACACUCCUCCUCUUCUUUGCCUGACUUUGCUGAAGACAGCGUUGCUCAGCUUCGAGGCUCCGCUCCUGUGGCGCCUGUGGGAGACUUCUACAUUGAUUCAAAAGCUGUCCCGUCUGUUCGCCCACUCCGCUCUCAGUCUUUUCAGACCACCUCAAGUUCUUCCCAGACAGUCCACCCUCUUGACUCCCGUUACCCCCAGUAUUCCCUCCCUGACACUGUGCCCCCUGUGAUGCCCAUAAACCAGCUGCCCACCCUGCCUCAGCAGUUCCCCACGCCUCCUUACGUCCCAAAAACCCACUUCCUGUUCCCUUACCCUGUCAGCCAGACCACUUCCAAACCACCCAUCGCCCCCCUCACCCCUGAGACCCUCCGCCGGGUUCUAAGCAACUCCAACCCCUCCCCCCCAACUCCUUCCCAGGCCAAACCAGCCCUUCCAGGGCAGCAGCCGCAGGGGGGUGAUGGGCUACCUGCGGGGGGUGACUUAGUGGGCGGUUCCCCCGUGCCCCCGGGUCCAGCCCAGCAGCAGCAGAACCCAGGUAUGUGGCCCCACAACAGCCACAACCAGCCCCUCUUCUCCCUGGCCAACGUGUUGUCCCUGGCCAUGAGCGUGGCUCACUCCUUCAUGCCCUCCACGCCCGUCCCCAGUGGUCUGAACCCUAGCUACCACCCGGGCCAGUCUGGCUCCUACCCACCCUCCAUGUUUGGCCCUCCCCCGGUGAUGACAGGAGAGGGCCCCUGCCAGGGCCAGAUGACAGCAGGCCAGUACCUGGACAUCUGCCAGCAGUACGCAGACUCCCAGGCUCUGCACCACCAGGGCCUGCUGAAGGCCAACGUAGCCCCAGGAGCACCCCAGCCUUGUGGGCUAGCGGACGGGACCGCCGUCAGGCAAGCUGGCUCCAGCCUCUCUCCUCCGGUGUCCAAGGAGGGGCCCCAGGUGUACUGCCAGCAAGGGCCCAAGGGGGUGUUCCCGGAGCAGACCAACAGCUCAGCCUCCACCUCUAUCACCAGCUCCCCAUCCUCCUCAGCUCCAGCCAGCCCACAGAACACAGUGUGCUCAUCCACCCCAAGGACCUCUUUAGCCCUGGUUGUGUACGAGUCAGACACAAACACGGCCAAAAGCAGACUGUCACCUAUUUUUGAGGAGAAAAGGCCUACACUGACCAUCGGUCGUUUCCAGGUUACACCAAGCAGAGAGAUCCCUACGUCCUGCGCCAGCCCUGUCCAGGACCCCUCUCAACCCCACCCACAACACCAAGCCCCACCCGCCGUCACCCUUACCACAACCCCUUCUGCCCAGGAAAUCAAAUCUGAGACCAGCACAGACGAGCAGGGGGACGAGGAGGAGCCACAACAGGAGCAGAAGGAGGGAGAGGAGGAUGAGGAGGAGCUGAGGAGGAAGGGGGGCCGGAGGCUAAGCCUGAGCCUGUGGGAGGGCACGGCGGGGAGCCCCCAGUUCAGCGGGAGCGGCCUGCCCCAGCCCUGGAUGAGCUACACACGCAGCGCCUCCUAUGUCAGCAGUGACGAGACAGAGAGCGAGGACGAAGAGAUGUGGGAGGAGCUUAAGGAAAUCAGGGAAAGGCACCAGUCUGAAGUGCAGGCUCUCCAGCUCAACCAGAAGAGGGAGAUUGAGGAGCUGUAUGCACGGAUGGGAAAGGUGCCCCCCCCUGGCAUCGUGUCUCCUGCCGCCAUGUUCAACCACCGCCAGAGACGCCUGUCCAAAGGCAGCAACUAUCCCGGCUCGCGUAGGAACAGCCUUCAGAGGAUGGACGUUCUGCCACCUACAGGGAUCAUGCGUAAAAAUUCAGUCAGUGGCAGCAGCAGUGGCUCUCAGGAAAGAUCCGGCAAAGGGGUGACCUUUGCCCCCGACUACAACAGGAUGUGAGACAUGGAGCUGGUGCAGGUGAUUCUGUGACCGGUGGAACGCUGCUGAUCCACGGCUGACCAGGUGGCUACCAGACUGAGCCCUGGGACAACCAGAAGACAUCGUCCGUCCCCAAAAUGGAGGACGCACUGAAGGCCCCUCCCAAUGAUGAUGGACAGACUACCUAGUCAGAGCAUCCAAACUGUCAGCUAGUCCUUGUGCAUUACCACAAGUUAGAAAUGUGAUGCCAUGACAAGUGUCCCAAUCCUAAGGACAGUGAGCUUAUAUACAGUCGCUCUGUGUGUGGCGUCUGGUCACAUGAAAAGUGUUUUGUGGUUGUAUUUAUGCUGUUGCAGCCUGUGUGACACCUGGAACUGUGGGUCAGGCCAAUGCUAUAGUGAGUCUAUAACACAGUGUGACCUCUAGGGGCAUUUAAAACAGUGUUUUCCUGGCCUUGUUAUUGAAUCAAUGGAUAAGAUAGCUCAAGCACGAUGACAUAAUGAUCGCCUUUAAGAGUGCAUUUGUAGGGUUUACAAGGUUGUGUAUGGAUGAACAAGUAGGCUGCUAUCUGAGGAAUUCCCCAGGCAAGCCGGUUUCCAUUCUGCAGCUCCACUUGCUAGGUGGGCCGGGCGAGUCAAAGUUCGUAUGCCUAAGUGAGUCAAUCCAAGCUACCAGGAGUUAUCAGUUAAAUGUCUGAGUUGUGUUUGGUGCAAAAAACAAAACUGAAGCAACACAAAUUGCACAAAACGGUGCUUGAAAAGCAAAACAUGAUAUAAUUGAAUCCACUUACUCGGCAGGCAUUACAGUAUACUAAGACAUCCAUCCCACUAAGAGCUAGUAGCAGAAGUGUUGGGUGUUCCUAAUCAGCCUUUAUUUGAUUGAAGGGGACAAUGGAUGCUUAUUCUUUAAAAAAAAAAAACUUUUGUCUUGUAAUCUAUGGUUCAACACCAUGCACUUUCUAUAGGAGUCAUUUACUAUUAGUAGUGAACAACUGCUUUCCUAUAAAUAAUGUUGGGUUAAGGAUAUAUAGUUCUGACCCUUAUAUUUUUUAAAUCCGUAAACGUGCCUUCAGUGGUAAUUAUUUGAUUCAUGACAAAGACUAAGCAUACUUAAGCUGUGAAUUCUGAGCUAUUUGCCUUAAAGUGUGCAUGUGGAGGACAUAUUGUGGUAGAACAUAUUAAUCUCAUUUUAUUCUUCUAGGAUACCAGCAGGAAAUAUAUCUAGAGGUCAUGAAAUGUUUGGUUUUCAAAAAUCUCGUUAGAAAACAUACUGCCAUGCAGGUUCUGUGCCUUUAACAAUAAUUGUUUUUUAAAAUUGUACAUUGUUUCCUAAAUCAUGUUUGUAAAUACUGUUAA